CAAAUACCGAUUCCCACACUCGACUAGUCCUCAGCAUCAUCAUCAUCAUCGCAUCUCCCCACACCCCUCUCUCUGCUCUCUUCUCACCUCCCCCUUCUUCACACGCAUCUACACAUCUAAGAUCCUUGCCAUGAUCUUGUCACUCCGCGCACGCUCCGUUCUCUCCCGCCUUGGCCCAAACCGAGCCCCUUAUCUUUCGCGCCAGUUCUCGACUUCAGAACGCCCCGCCGAGCCAUUCCGUGUUCUAUUCUGUGGGAGCGACAUCUUCUCCAUCGCCGCCCUCGAAGCUCUCCUUGACGCAGAAGAUGUCUGGCAGAGCAUUACAGUCGUCACCCCGCGCGAGCGCGCAAUUGGGCGGAAUCGCUCGCAAACGUACUCGCCACCUCUUCAGCGAUUCGCGCUAGAGCGAGAUCUCGAGCACCACGCCGUCCCAUCUGGCCCGUUUGCGUUCCCUCCGGCGUUCGAGAAGCAUCAUCCUUCCCACCUCCUCCUUACGGCAUCCUUCGGUCACAUCAUUCCUACACCUCUCCUCACGCCCUUCGCCCAUGCUUUAAACGUCCACCCAAGCGCACUACCCCUCUACCGCGGCGCCGCCCCAGUGCAGUGGGCCAUCGCCAACCGCGAACCCUCUACUGGCGUUACGGUGCAGAGCAUGGCCCCGCGAGAGGUUGGCGUGGAUGCCGGUGCGAUUCUCGGCGCCGUCGACGGCUUGCCCAUUCCGAAGGAGGCCACGUACAACACCCUUCUGCCCGAUCUUGCACACAUCGGCGGCCGCCUGUUGGUCCAGGUCCUCCGCCAACUGCAGACAGGGAAUGCGACGCCGCGCGCACAGGACCCGGCGAAGGUGACGAAGGCGCCGAAGAUUACGAACGCCACUGCCCGCGUAAACUGGGCUGAGCACGAAGCCGAGCUCUUGGAGGCCCGUCACAGGGGAUUCGGGCAUGCACAGCCUCUUUGGGCCCACCGGCCGCAGGAGCUCGUCCACGGCAACUCCACAGUCAAGCGUGACUAUGGGGUGCAGCUUACGGCUGUUAAAUUGGCCGGCAAGGUGCCACCCCAGGCAGAGGAGUGGGCUACCGCGGCAGGAGGCAAGCCGGGGACCAUUGUGCUGGACAAGGGCGGACGGCGCGUACUCGCUCUCACGCGCAACGGGUGGCUUGAACUGGUGCGUGUCAAGCCUGUAGGCAAAAAGGAGCAGCCUGGUGCCGAGUGGUGGAAUGGGCUUCCGCCGAAGGUCAGGAGCCGUGGGUGGGGGAUUUUGGAGUAGACACAUCAUAUGCAUUGCGUGCGUAC